GAAAUCUCUUUCUCAGCCGUUAGACCUCUCGCUUCAGUUCGCUCUCUUUCUCUCACUCUUUCCAGCCGGCAGCAGCAGUUCCAGCAGCCCGCCCUUCCUAGCUCCAGCAAGGCAGCAACUUCUAGCUAGGUAAAACAGUCCUUUGAACUCUGAAACACUUUAAAAGUAGCCGAGCUUUCUCAAUUUGAUGAGCACCGAGAAAGAAAAACCUAAGGUUUCCUUGGCCGCAACCAUUCCUCUCUUUUUCUUCCUAGCAGUUCUGGUGAAUUUUCCGGAAAAUUCUUCUUUUUGAUAAAUUUUUAAAGGAUACUUAAAAAAAUGGGGCCAAGAUGGAAAGGAAAAGGAGCAGAAGCUAAAGCACUAGCAGAUCCCAUGUCAGAAAUAGUCUCACAGCUUCAAUCUUCUCUUCUUCAGUCAAAUGCAUGUGCGUCACUCUCAGGUUGUAGUGUGCUUCUUGCAGUGGAAACAGAACAGACUGAGCUUCUCACACGGGCAUGUUUCGGUAAACCCAUUAUCACAGCUGAGAAAGAAAAGCAAUGGUUUCAGUUGGGUUUGGAGGAAGCAUUUUAUUUGUGUUAUUCUUUAAAAUGUUUAAAGAUUGCUGGUGAAGAUAAUUUUGUUAAAAAUGAUUUAGAUUUGUGGUUGUAUAUGAAAUUGAAAAAGGAAAAAUUCCCGGAUUUUUAUAAGGCGUAUUCUCAUCUUCGUAUGAAAAAUUGGGUUCUCAGGCCAGGAUUACAGUAUGGCGUGGAUUUCGUUGCUUACCGGCAUCAUCCAUCUUUGGUACAUUCAGAAUAUGCUGUGAUUGUUUUAUCAGAAGGGGAUACUGGGAGAUUGAGGGUGUGGUCUGAUUUCCACUGCACUAUUAGACUUUGUGGAAGUGUUGCAAAAACGUUGUUAAUUCUAAAUGUUGACAAAAAUGGUCACGGUGCUAUCUCUCCAUCUUGUUUGGAGAGAUACUCUAUUGAGGAGUGCACAAUCACGAGAUGGAGUCCAGAACAAAGCCGUGAUGAUAAAAAAGCCUCAUAAAAUGGAGCGAAGUAAGAUGUGCUUUCAAAUAUCUGGUUUGCUUUUGUCAUUCUGUGCAUAAACUGAGUAUGAAUGUUCCAAGUAUUUUGGCUAUAACUGUUUUUAUAAUGCUUGUGAUUGCUGGUGUAAGUAAUUCAUGAUCGUCUGUUUUUCA